CGCGGAUGGUAGGCAUUACUUCCCCACAAUUACCAAAAACGACAGAUGGUUUAAAUAAAACGUACGCUAACGACGCCAGCCUGCUUCUAGCUUGGCUAGGCUAUGCUAAUCAACAUUAGCAGACCUGCGUCGGCGUGAGCACUUUGCCCAGCUCGUCGAUUUCCACAGAGCCGUAUUUAAUGGUCAGAGGCAGGCCAGGCUUCUCGUCCACCUCCUGCAGGGCCAGCUGGCCUCUCCACUGGUUCAGAUCCACGGGCAUGUUGGCUUGGACGGGACGGGGUUACCUCCGCACAAGACUCGCAUAUGAUAGUAACAGUAGACGUUUGAAAGUGGUGCGUUCGAGGUGCCAGGAGGAAAAUACGGAAAGUACGAACACCACGAUGAACUGAAACUUCUGCAAGAUGGGUAACAAUAUGGUUGUGAAAUUGUAUACCAGUUACACUUUAUUUUGUUUAUACUUGUUACCAACGGAUGGGAUUCUGCCUUUAAAUUACCGUAACACAUAAAAAAUUGUCUUCAUCUUAUUACUCUUGAUUACACGUAAACGCCACCGACGAGCAAUGGCAGAAAGAGGCCGCUAGGAUGUCCUCGUUGCACUACAAUGUGUCAAUGUAUUGUAAAACGUCAACAUUAAUAAUACACCUUUUCUCUUUUGGGCCAAAUGAAAUCGUUCACGUGUAUAUAGACUCGUGUAAUCUCUAAUGGUGAGUAUUGUUUUACACUUUUUGCAUACUAUAAGCGGGAAUUCUAUAAAAUAAUGUAAAAAAUAUUUUUAUUUGACUAUAUUAUUGCAUGUGUGGUGUACAAAACAAUACAGUGUGGAAAAUUAAUUAAAAUUAUUAUUAUCAGUGUCGCCCACCCCUGGUGCCUGCGCCUUUAAGAAGGUGCAUUAAGGGUGUGUCGGGUGGUUCAAAGGUUCCGGUGCAAUCUGUUCUCGCAAACAAACACAAAAAAAGCUGCAGCCUCCUGUCACCGUCACACGGGUCCCGGACACAGAGGGCCCUGAAGGCAACAUGGACGCUGUGGUGUCUCAGGUGGACUGGGUGGGACCCCGCACGUGAACUGGUUGGACUGGUCGGACUGGGACACCUUUUUCCCCCCGUGAAGGAAAUGAAGCCGAGUGGUGGCUGAUGAUGAUGACGACAGUCAAACUUCUCUGCUUGUGUUUGUGCGCUACAGUCCUUGUUUGGGCCGACGAGCCUUCUUCUGAGACGACCAUCACAGCCUCGCCCGGCGACGUCGUUCGACUUCCGUGUUACGGCGACGGUCAGGUGACGCCGUCGUUAACCACGUGGUGGAAAGAAGGACGGCGGUUGUCUCUCGGUGAGACCCAGACAGACGCCGGGGACCCCCCAAGUAGCCCCACUCAUGCCGGACCUCGCCUGGGCCUACUGGAGGACGGCAGCCUGGACUUCCGGUGGGUGAGGGAAGGCGACGAAGGGGACUACCUGUGUAGCGCCCAACUUCCGGGCAACGUCACGUGGCGCGCACGCGUCCUGCUGCUGGUGGCGAGCGCUCCGGCAAACGUGUCCAUUUCCAUCGUCCCCACCACCCUCCUGUCCAACGGCACGCUGGUCACCUACCGCGGCUCCACAGUGUCCUUCCACUGCGUGGCCUCCUCGUACCCGUCCCAGCAUCUCACCUGGACCUUCAGAGGGGCGGGUGCCGGCAACGGCUCGCUGGCGUCCACCGCAGAGGCGCCCUGGCUGGACUUUAGGCUGAAGGACAUCCAGGCCGACGCUCAGGGGGUGUACAGCUGCACGGCGAACAACACCGUCACGCACCAGGCGGCCAACAAGAGCGCCCAGCUGCUGGUCUACUACGUUCCAGACAGACACCCUGAGUGCACGUGGGUCCAGUCCCAGGACCGCACGCGGGUGCUCUUCAACUGCAGCUGGCCCGGGGCGUACCCGCCGCCCACGCUGCGCUGGGCCGAGGACCAGGGCGAGCAGGGGGCCGGGCGCGUCUUCGCCUCGGAGGUGACGGACAGCCUGACGGUGGCGCUGAACCGCUCGCUGCUGUCUGGCGGUCAGACAGUCAGGUGCACGGCGCAGCACCUGGCGCUCGCUCGUGCGCGGGAACGCUCGUGUUCCUUUUUGCUUGAGCCUCCGUACCCCGAAGGCGAGCCGCUGGUCUCGGCUCAGGAGGGGAGCAACAUCACGCUCGCCUGCACCGAGUCCACGUCCACCCCGCCCGCCGCCACCACCUGGAGGCGGGGCCUGGAGCAUGCGGAAGUGGUCGUCGGCGCCAAGUACUUCCUGUCCGAGGACGGCCCCGCUUGCCGGCUGACCAUUGCCAACGUCAGCAAGGACGACGAGGGCGUCUACUUCUGCCGCAGCGAGAACCCGCUGGGCGUGAGCGAGCUGGAGGUCUACCUCACAGUGAGAGCGUCUUCCUCGGCGUACACGGGCGCCAUCGUGGGCGUGUUCAUCGCAGCGCUCAUCGUGGGCUGGGCCGUGGUGGUGGCCAAGGUGGUUUACGCCAACCGGCACAGAGUCUGCCUGGGAGGAGCCUUUGGGCGCCCGCACGACGACGACGACGACAGAGGCGACGUGCUGAGCCUGGUGGAGUCGGACGACGAGCAGAUCUUCCAGGCGCCCGUCCCUCGACUGCCCCCGCUGACGGACACGGGUCACACCACCCUGGUCCAGAUCCACCACAUCCCGUCCUGUGAGCAGGAGGACACGGGGAUGACGGCCCCAGAAGAAGAAGAAACAAGAGAGGAGCUUCCAGACCUCGUCACCUUUUAGUUGAACAUUUACUCCCAGUGAGAAGGUGAAGGAAGACGUCUUCUUCUCCUUUGUUAUUGUGCCACCCAACACCCAGGCUUCAUACAAUUCCACUUGAGACAUUUCCACGUAUUGCAAGACUGUUACCACCCUUCUGUUUUAUAAAAGAGAACCACAAAAAAUGAAAAAAGUGUUCUUCUAAGGCGCUUUUGUAUGAGCUACGUGACCUAGCUACAAUCUCCCGUUGUUAUUUCCAUCAUACCAGGGAUGCAACUAACCAUGAUUCUCUUGGUCCAUUCAUCUGAAGCUCGUUGUUUCCACGGAUGGAGUAAUCAUUUAGGACCUUCAUCAGGGGUCGGCAACCUUUACUAUUUUUCCCCCUCUUACACUAAUGAAAAAUAGUCUGGAGUCGCAGAAGUAACACAUUUUUUGAGUCCUUCCGUAUCAAUUUGUCUGUAUUUAUAUACAAAUCUAUAAAUAAAAAAUAUGUU